AUGAGACGUGUUUGCCCAUCUAUUCUACAGAGGCAGCUUCUGCCUUCCAACCUUUCCGUUAGGGGCAACCGUGACUCCUGCAUAUCACUAGCAACCAUUGGGGCCCAUCGGGGGUCACACGGACUCGCUAGAGUACCUGUUACCGGACCGCAGCAUGCGGUGCCUGCUCCGCCCGUGCAGCCCAAGUGGGGUUGGGCUUGCCGCAGCUUGGGGGAGCAAGCGGAGUCGAGAGGUCUGUCAACAAGUGCCAGCGCUGCUGAGGGGUCCCCAGUAGAGUCUGCAGGGGGGGAGGAGAGACAUCCUUUUCAGGCAGAGACGCAGAAGCUGCUGCAGAUUGUCACCCAUUCACUUUACACGGACAAGGAAGUCUUUAUCCGAGAGCUCAUCUCCAAUGCAUCCGACGCGUUGGAGAAAUUCAGGUUUCUGCAGGCAUCUGAACAGCAGCAAGAGGGACAGCAGCAGCAGGAGCGAGGCCAACUUCGUGUCGUCUUACGUGCUAACCCCGCCGAGAAGACUUUAACUAUCGAGGACAACGGAGUGGGAAUGAGCCGAGACGAGCUCGUCAAAAAUUUGGGUACCAUCGCGAGAAGCGGGUCUUUGGAGUUCCUGAAAAGCGCAGGGCCAGAGGCCAGCAAGGACAUCAUAGGCCAAUUUGGCGUGGGCUUUUAUUCCAGUUUUGUUGUCUCUGAACGCGUGGAGGUGUUCACGCGGUCUCGAGACGGUGGGGGGGUGUUACGGUGGUGCAGUGACGGCUCGGGUUCUUUUACGUUGUCGCAUGCCGCUUUGGAGUCCCUCAGCUGUCCCUCAGGAACCAGAAUUGUUUGUCACUUGAAACAAGACUGUCUGGAGUUUGCCAAUCCCCAUAGAGUAAAGGAAUGCGCCAAGAAGUUUUCGGCAUUCGUUAAGAAUGACCCUUGGGCUGCUCGUUCAGCCCUUCAUGCCGAUAUACUUAGCUUCCUUGUGGAGUCAAUUUGCUGCAGCUUUCCCGUGUUUAUGGAGGAGAAUGGCAAGGAGGUUCAGGUGUCCUCGCAGGAGGCGUUGUGGCUUAAAGCUUCCGCCACCGCUGAAGAGCACAAGGAAUUCUUCAGGCAUUUGACAAACCAAUCUUGGGGAGAGCCUUUUUACAGCAUCAUGUUUUCAGCUGACGCGCCAUUGACCAUUCGCUCCGUUUUGUAUUUCCCAGCCGACCCGCCGAACCGUCUGUUCCAGACGGGUCCCUUGGAGAGUGGGGUUUCCCUGUUGUCUCGUCGCGUACUCGUGAAGAAGAGCGCCAACGACCUUCUUCCUAAGUGGCUUUGGUUUCUCCGUGGGAUCGUAGACUGCGAGGACCUCCCCCUAAACGUCAGCAGAGAGCACAUGCAAGACUCCAUGCUGCAGCGCAAACUAUCUACAGUCAUCGUUAAGCGCAUCCUCAAGUUCCUCAAUGACCAAAUGAAGUCUGAUCCGGCAAAGUAUCAGCAGUUCUACCAGAAGUAUUCCCAAAAUAUAAAGGAGGGCGUUUUGGAGGAUGCACACAGCGGCAGCACCUACAAAGACAUGCUGUUGCCUCUCCUUCGAUUUGAGUGCUCUUCCGAGGAGGCCGGGAAGAUGAUCACUUUGGACGAAUACCUUCACAAAAUGCCUGCCAAACAGAAACACCUCUACUACUACUGCUGCUCAGAUAGGACGACGGCUCUCUCCUCUCCUUACAUGGAGCAAUAUGUUGCUAAGAGCCGCCCCGUGAUCUUGAUGACAGCGGACAUCGACGAGUUCCUGGCGAUGAAUCUCUCUGAGUACAAGGGGAAACGUCUUGUGGCGGUGGACUCUCCUGGGGAGGAUGUGGAGGAGGAGGCCGCAGACGAGGAGGACACAAAGGCGACAGAAGAAAAUGGGGGGAAGCCGAAGUUGGUUGGGGAGCAGCAGACGGAGCUGGCGUCGUUCGUGAAGGAUACUCUAGCAUCGAGAGUUACUGACGUGAAGUUUUCCGAGCGGCUUCUGUCUUCUCCCGCAGUCGUCUCGGGCUUCCUUUCGCCCACGCUUAGGCGGAUGAUGAAGGCCACCCUGCAGGGUGCUCCCGAUGCGCAGCUUAACCUGGCGAGCCUUCCUGCCACACUUGAGCUAAACCCUUCGCAUGAACUGAUCACCUCUCUGUAUCAUCUCCGCACCUCAAAUUCCGACGUGGCCAAGCUCUUAGUGGAGCAGCUAUUCGACAACGCCCGCAUCGCAGCCGGGAUCAUGGAGGAACCGAAGUCAAUGCUGGGAAGACUGAAUAAGUUGAUGUCUCUCACGGCCCAAUACGCCUAUCACCAUGCAGGGAGUGCUGCUGUCCCCCCCUCGCCGGCUUCUGGGGAGGCAACCCCCCGGAAGCCCGCUCAGGCAACUCAACUUGGUUCUCAGGAGGCUUCCGAGACUGCCAAAGUUUAG